AUGUCUGGCACCUCGGGAAACUCGUCUCGCAACUGGGACGACGUGCUCAAACACGGCUCCGCCCUCGGCAUCCUCAAGCCUGAUGUUGCCUUCCCUCCCUACGGCGGCAGCUCCGCCGGUGGCUCUUCAGGGUCUGGCUCUGGCAGCUCUUCUGGCGGGACCACAUACCCGUCUGGCGGUAGCUCUGGAGGCACAAAACGCUAA